GAGCCUCACAUGCUGGCGAAGAUGGGAUCUAUCCAGAAUCCAUCGGGAGGUCCUUUCGAAAAGUAUGAUGAAACCCCGUCUGUGCAUUCAAGUGACUUGUCAGAACACAAUGGGUUAGACAUUGAGCAAGCACCUAUCUCGGUGACCCAGAACAGAGAUAUUGAGAAAUAUCCUAAGAGCCUGAAUCAACCUCAAGAUGUAGAAGAUAGUGGGAAGGGACCAGUUACAAGGACGAGUACAAAGAGCAGUUGGAAGGAUCCGGGGCCGCCCCCCGACGGUGGUUUGCGUGCGUGGACUCAGGCUGCUAUGGCUCACCUCGUGCUCAUGAAUACCUGGGGGUUCAUCAACUCCUUUGGAGUCUUCCAAGCCUACUAUGUCACAGCACUCAACAAAUCACCAUCAGACAUUUCAUGGGUUGGCUCGAUCCAAGUUUUCCUUCUCUUCUUCAUAGGAACAUUCACCGGUCGAUUCACAGAUGCUGGAUAUUUCCGCCUGGUCUUCCUGACCGGAUCUCUCGUGGCUAUUAUUGGGGUCUUCAUGACAUCCUUAUCCACUAAAUAUUGGCAGUUAUUCCUGGCCCAGGGAGUCUGUUGCGGUAUUGGAUAUGGAUGCCUGUUUUGUCCCGCGCUGAGUUUAUUGAGUACGUAUUUCUCGAAGAAGAGAAGCUUAGCAAUAGGGUUUGCCACUUCAGGGAGUGCAACCGGUGGGAUGAUCUUCCCUGCCAUGGUGAAGCAAUUGCUUCCCAGGAUCGGAUUCCCUUGGACGAUGAGAGCUAUGGCCUUUAUCCAGCUCGGUUGUUUUUGUCUUUGCAACAUUGGACUGAAACCAAGGGUUCCCCCAAGGAAGACGGGGGCUCUGGUAGACUGGGCGAGUUUCAGAGAAGCUCCAUAUGUGCUGUUUGCCACCGGGAUGUUCUUCAAUUUUUGGGGCAUUUACUUCGCAUUCUACUACCUGACAUCUUUUGGCCGCUCGAUAAUCCACCUUCCGUAUUCCGACUCCAUCAACCUCCUUAUAACCAUGAACGGUCUUGGAGUCCCGGGUCGCAUCAUCCCUAAUUUUCUUGCCGAUCGAUUAUUGGGACCUCUGAACUCGAUCUGUCUCGUAGUGCUCAUGGCCUCCAUGCUAUCUUUCUGUUGGAUCGCGGUGAGUUCUCGUGGAGGACUAUACGCGUGGACAGUUGUGUACGGCUUCGUCGGAGCGGCGAUCCAGAGUCUCUUCCCAGCAACCCUGAGUAGCUUGACGACGGACUUGAGGAUGGCAGGUACCAGAAUGGGCAUGGUUUUCAGUAUCGUGAGCUUCGCGGUGCUCACUGGGCCACCGAUUGCUGGGCAACUGAUCCAAAGGAAGGGCGGUGAAUACAUGUAUGCGCAGAUAUUUGCAGGAGUGGUUAUGCUUGUCGGGUGUGGGUUCCUCGUGGGGGCCCGAAUGGCAAAGAGUAGGGGGCAGCUAUUGAUGAAGAUGUGAGGGAGGAGGGCACUUGUGAUGUAUCUUUGGCAUUGUCCAUCGGGUUCAGGAUGUUUGGAUAGAGGAUGACAGGAUGACAGGAUGACAGGAUGACAGGAUGACAGGAUGACAGGAUUAUAGAAUUAUAGAAUUAUUGAC